CUCCAAUCAGGUAGGUGGCGCUGCGCACACUCCAACUUGGUCCUUCAAGAGAAGUUGUUUUGAAAACGUCUGAUCUGUAGCAGUGUUCAUACAGUGGGGAAAGGGAUAUUUCAUCUUUCUGACCAAAAGGCCAGCCAGGUUGUCUUCAUAAUUAAUCAGCCUAUUGCUGUGCCCUUAGGCCAGCGUUUCAAAUGAACAUGUCCCUUGCUCAAAGAGUCCUCCUGACAUGGAUCUUCACACUUAUCUUCCUCAUUAUGCUGGUCCUCAAGUUGGACAAGAAGAUUGAAUGGAACUGGUUCCUCAUCUUCCUUCCUGUCUGGACCUUUGAUCUUAUUCUCCUCCUCAUGCUCAUUGUCAAAAUGGCAGGCCGCUGCAAGCCUGGGUUCGACCCUCACAACGGCGCGGAGAACUUGAAGAAGCGUGUGUGGUACCUCGUGGCCAUGCUGCUUAAACUGGCAUUUUGUCUGACUCUCUGUGCCAAAUUACAGAACCUAAUGGACAUCUUGGUGACCUCGGUUUGCAUCCCUCUGUGGGCGCUGCUUAUCGGAGCCAUGGUGGAGCUGGGCUACAACGUUUUCCACUUCAGAAGAGACUGAACAUAUGAACGGUAGUCUUUGAAAGCCACCAGAAAAGUCUUUACUGUAUUCUUCAGGAGUAAAAUCAUCUUGAAAGUAGAUGUUAUUCAUAAAGAAGGGAAUAUAUAUAACGGACAAUAAGAAUGUACAGCUAUUUAAAGCUCUUUAUCAGGAAUUGCUUGUUUCUUUCAGGCUCAAGGGUGAAGCUGAAUAGCCUACAUUUCGUGUUCACAAUGAUGCAGGCAGGGAGGUUUACGAAUUUUAUCUCAGUGGUGAGUUUCCACUCAGGUGACAGAAAUGACUGAUUGUGAAUGUUGCUCAGAAUAUUUAUUGCAUUUUAGUGAAACACUGAGAUCAUUAGCGGCAUACCAUAAUGGAAAUUUGAAAAAUAACAGUUAACGUGCUGCAUACACACUGUUUUUUCAACCAGUACUGUAACAAAAUAUGGUUUGCUAACAGAAAAGACAUGUUCUAAUGGUGUAUAAUUUAUAAAUCUGUCUUUCUUUAUCAUACACUUAUGUUUUGCGUUGCAAAACUCACAUAAUACAUGUUUAUGGAAUUUAAUUUUCUCUUGUAUGGAGUGUGUAAAUGAUAAUAAAAAGUAAUAACAACA